AGCUCCGCCCCUGGGGCUGGGAGAACGAUCCCGAAGAGGAGAGGCUAAGGUUCUCCAGCAUGGAUUACCUUGCCGCCUUCACCUACAAUAGCUACGCCUUGUUCUUCAAACUGCAGGACGAAGAAAGGGCCAAAGCCCUCGCCGUCCUGAGGGAGGGCCUCGAGAAGACUCUCGCAAAUGCAGGCAGCUGGUCGGACAAUCGAGAAGAACGAGAAUGACGAUGACCACUCCUUCGUGAAGAGGCGAGACAGCACUGUCAAGUUUGUUGUCAAAUACUGGGAGGCCGAGGACGGCGUUCCCUCCUUGUCCGAUGUAGAAAACGCCCACUUCGCCUCGUUCAGCCUGGGAGAUACCGGCCGUUUUGUUGUUGAGGGCAUGGCGUACGGCGAGAAGCCCGAGUGCCUGGCCAGCGCGAAGCCCGUCGUUUCGACCUUCCAGGCGAACUUUGUUCACGGAGGGCUCAUCUUUGUCGUCAACUCCCAUCACUACUCCAAUAACGUGAUGGGGUGGGCCAACUUCGUGUACCAGCUGGCCGAGAACUGCUAUUCCAUCGCCAACAACACUGCCCCUCCUCCGUGGGACCCGGCAAAUCUCGAUGCUACUCGGUUUACUGCAUCUGACUUUCCCUCCGACUCGAAAGUCGAUGGAACCACGCCUUCUGAGCGCAACCCUCUGCUCCGCGAACAUUUAUCGCUCCUCUUCCACUUUGAGUUUAGGGACUACGAGGUGAAGACAUUCUGAAGACAUACGGGAUGCCUCCUGACAACAUGAAGAAACCAAUCUGCAUGAAACAACUAUGACGUGGGUACCAGAAAAGUAAUAACGCGGCGAGACUAUUCAAUCAUACCAUAGACGUUCUGAAGAGUUGUGGUUGCCUCCCAGCCCCUUGUUUUUCACUAACUCGUUUG